AGAGAGCGUACAAGAUGGCGGCGCCCAUGGAGCUGUUCUGCUGGUCAGGGGGCUGGGGAUUGCCGUCGGUGGACCUGGAUAGUCUGGCCGUGCUGACCUAUACCAGAUUUACAGGCGCCCCACUGAAGAUACACAAGACCAGCAAUCCUUGGCAGAGCCCUUCAGGUAUCCCUGAGGGACAGGAAUGUGCCAGGGGAGGAGCAGGGGACAGGAAUGCAAUGCAAAUGAGUAUGACUAGGCAAGCUGGACCCUGUGAGUAUACUUCUUUCUCAAUAUCAGGAACUCUGCCUGCUCUUCGAACCAGUGAUGGGAAAGUCAUUACAGUGCCACACAAGAUCAUCACCCAUCUUCGUAAAGAGAAGUAUAAUGCCGACUACGAUCUGUCAGCUCGCCAAGGAGCAGAUACCCUAGCCUUCAUGUCUCUGCUGGAGGAGAAACUACUGCCUGUGCUAAUCCAUACUUUUUGGAUAGACGCCAAGAACUAUGUGGAAGUGACCCGAAAGUGGUAUGCAGAGGCUAUGCCCUUUCCCCUCAACUUCUUCCUGCCCGGCCGCAUGCAGCGCCAGUACAUGGAGCGGCUACAGCUGCUGUGUGGCGAGCACAAAUCAGAGAACGAGGAGGAACUAGAAAAAGAGCUAUACCAAGAGGCUCGGGAGUGCCUAACCCUUCUCUCUCAGCGUCUGGGCUCUCAGAAGUUCUUCUUUGGGGAUGCCCCUGCCUCCCUGGACGCCUUUGUUUUUAGCCAUUUGGCCCUGCUGCUGCAGGCCAAGCUGCCCAGUGGGAAGCUGCAGGCCCACCUUCGGGGGCUGCACAACCUCUGCGCCUACUGCACCCACAUCCUCAACCUCUACUUUCCCCGGGAUGGAGAUGAGGUGCCACUUCCACGCCAGACACCAGCAGCCCCUGAGACCGAGGAGGAGCCAUACCGGCGCCGGACCCAGAUUCUCUCUGUGCUGGCAGGGCUGGCAGCCAUGGUGGGCUAUGCCCUGCUCAGUGGCAUCGUUUCUAUCCAGCGGACAAGCCCUGCUCGGGCCCCAGGCACCCGGGCCUUGGGCCUGGCUGAGGAGGAUGAAGAGGACUGAUGGCGUUCCUGUUCCCAGGACUGACUUUUCUACUCGUGCAUUCCAGCUGUCCCUCGUCUCCCCAUGGUUGGAGCAGCCAAAAAUGGGGCGCUGUCCUCAGAAUAAACCUGUUUACACUAACUGGGA